UAGUUACAAACACGGCCACGUCCAUUUUUUUCACAACAUGAGUUUAGUAUUGGAUAUUAUGGUAUAUUUCAUUGGGAAUCAGAUUCUGACGUCUAUUCAUAUCAAAAACGGCCAGAUAUGUGUUAAAAAUGCAUUUGAAAAUCUGAGUGAGUUACAAAGUCGGCCAGGUCCAAACGCACUUGGUUACAUAUACGGCCACGUCCACAAGAGCCAAUCGGUGAGCUGUAUUCCAGUCACGUGACCUCAGACAGUAGUCAGUGUUUUCUUUCUGCUGUCACUGUGAUACCGUUACUCCAGAAAGCAUCUUUUAUUUCAUGAAUUUAAUUAAUGGUACAUUAGACUAUUAAGAGAUGGAAGUUAAUGUUGAUUUAUGUUCACCUGAAAAUGCAAGAAAAAAGCAGAGACAACCAGAGAAUUGGAAAGUUACCAAACAGAAACUGCAAAGGUACAGCCCAAAGGCCAUGCCAAACUACCCAACGUGUGGUCACAGAGGAAAGUGUCUGAACUGCAGCCUACUGACAAUGGUAGACAUUAAGGAGUUUCAUGCUGCAUUUUAUACCGUAAGAACUAAGAUGAGCCAGGAUGCUUUCAUCUUAAAAUACUGCAGUGUCUCAACACCAGUCCGAUACCGCCCUAGAUCUGGGGACAGAGGUAAGAAAACCAUUAAAUAUAAAUACUUUGUAAAAAACCAAGUUGGAAACCGAAUUGAAGUUUGCAGAAGAGCAUUUUUGGGAAUUCUUGGAAUAACCAAGCACAGAGUAGAAGGUGUUUUUACUCGUUUUAAAAAGGAAGGGUCUGAUAUACCAGUCGAAACAAGAGGAGGUUUCCGGAAAGACUCCAAGUACAAAGCUAAAAAUGAAUCUGUUAUUGGCUUUAUUAAACAAUUUAAUGGACUCGAAUCACAUUACUCUCGGAAAAACAGCAGACGAAUGUACCUUGAUUCAGAUCUAAGUAUCGCAAAAAUGUGGAGGAUGUAUCAGAAUUCUGUUGAACAUGAAAAAAAGUAACUCAGUCUCUGUUUAGAAGCAUCUUUGUUUCAAAGUUUAAUUUAAGUUUUAAAACACCUUCUACAGAUGUAUGCUCUACUUGUCUUGAGCUAAGUGAGACAAUUAAAAGAGAAAAAGAGGAAGUAAAGCUAGGUUCUCUAAAAACUCAGCUGACUCUCCAUAAGACAGUAGCCAAAGCAUUUUUUACACUUUUGAAACAACAGGAUCCAGGUUUGUACAUAAUAUCUUUCGAUAUGCAGAAAAAUUUACCUCUGCCCAAGUUGCCAGAUCAGAUUUGUUAUUAUUCACGACAACUCUAUUGUUAUAAUUUAACAGUAGUAUCUGGAACAUCUUGUGGCAAGAAUGCUCUCGACAAAAAUAAAGUUUAUAUUUACACAUGGACUGAAAAUGAAAUGUGCAAGUCAUCCAAUGAGGUUGCAUCAGCAGUCUUCCAUGAGCUUGAUAGUAAGCUAACAGAAGGAGAAUUUGACAGUGUUCAUACCAUACGUUUGGUAGCUGACGGCUGCGGUGGACAAAAUAAGAACAGUAUUGUUUUGACCAUGUGUUUAUUUUGGUUUAACCGCAGCCCAGCAAAUAUAAAUAGGAUGGAAAUUAUAUAUCCCAUUACAGGCCAUUCAUUUAUGCCCAGUGACAGGGUUUUUGGUGGCAUUGAAAGAGAAAUAAACAAGAAAGAGAAGAUUGUCAAAGUUGAAGAAUACCAUGAAUCAUUUUCAGGUCAUGGUACAGUGAAAAAUCUGGGAGAACAUUGGGAAAACUUUGACUGGAAAACACAGACAAAGGAGUAUAUUAAAGAUACUAAGGACCUCCAUUUUAAAAUAUCUCGUAUAAGAAGACUAGUUCUGACUAAACACAGAAAGCCCAAAUGUAUCAAGGUUCAAGGUGAGAUGACGUACUUACAUGACACUGCUCAAGCUCUAAAGGUUAACAAACCAGGCAAGAACCUGUCAACGAUUAAUCCUGUUCAGUUCAAGAUUGGAGUGAAGGUCCAAUCAGCAAAGUUGAAGGACGUUCAAAAGCUUCUACAAAAUCACUAUGGAAAUCAAUGGCAUGAGAUAGGAUCAUUACAGUGGUACAAGGACAUUAUUGACAAAAAUGAUGGACUUCCCGAAAAACCCCAUGAAUUCCAAAACGAAUGUGAAUGUAUGGUUAAUAACGAACAUGAAGAAGAAUUAAUAGAAAUUGUGAACGAUGGCAGCGCAGACUUUAAUAGGCCUACUUAAGGUCAAUCUAUUCUAUUAACCAUUGACUCAAGAAAUUAGAGUGCUUUGUUUUUUAUUUUGAUUCUUUUUUAAUGUAUUGUCAGUAAUGUAUUUUCUUAAAAAAAAUUUUAUUAACUUUGAUAUUAAAAUUCAAUUGAACUAUUGAUUUUGGGUUUUGUUUUAAUUAAACGCCUAAACACACUCAUGUUAGUUACAAUAUUAACACAAAAUGCUCCUAGUUAAAUAAGUUUGAUAAAGAGCCUGAAUUUGUUACAAACACGGCCAGGUCCAAAAGUUGGUUACAAACCCGGCCACGUCCAUUUUUAUUUUCUAAAUAUCUAAUAAGCCACUUGUUUGUUGUAAUACAUCAUGUAUAAUUUUAAUUUCGGUCAUAGAUCUCAACUCAUACAAAAAAACCAGCUUUAAUAGUAUGUUGAAUCAUUAUGAAACAGUUUUUGCUCUCUCCUGAACAUUUUUGUAAAAUGGACCUGGCCGUGUUUGUAAAUAGACUAC